AUGCAACGCUACACACUUGCUUUGCCGGCGCCUAGCCGCUCCGGAGUACAGAUUAACUAUGACAUUCUUGGCGUUGCCCUCAAGGACGUCGACUACUUGACCCAGUGUAAUGCUACUCGUACUAAUGGUAGUGCUACCGCGAGCGCGGCUCAAGAUGCCAACAUCGAGCUUCUGAAUUAUUUCGCAAAACUCGUCGACAAGAAGAUCGAGUCACCAGAGCCAAGUAACGAUGUCAUAGGCUCGUUGGUCUCUAAUGAGCUUGCAAAUGCGAAAACCAAUGUUCGUGUUUUAGGUGUGUUAACUUUACUGGAGCAACCUAACCAACUCGACGCCUUGAUUCAGGAUCCGUCUCUGUUGAAACCGUUCGUCGAAGAGUUAUGCCGGUACCAUACCGCGUCUUCGUUUGCUACAAGACGUGUUGCUAAGGUCGAUAUCAAGAUCCGCGGUCAUCGAGGGUCUGAAGAGGCCCUUGGCUUUGGAUGGGGUGAUCAUGGGUGCAUCGCAGCUUCCCUCGCUCGAGCUGAGCCUGAAGCUGUUUUCUCUACUUUGUUCCAGACUCUUCCCACUCUGAAGCUCGCCAUUCCUAGUUCUGAGAUCAACGGGUCCGCUCCCAACAAGGACAUCGGAGUAUCAGAGCUGCCAGUUACAUGGUCCUCUCCCCAAGUUUCUUAG